CGGACUGACGGGCAGCAUCCCGGCGCCGCAAGGUGAUCUCUCCGCCUUGCUCCUGAAUCCGGACGCUCAGCGCCGGAGGCGGCCGCCAGGUAAAUUCCAAGGCUGACAGAGCCCACCGACGCCGCCGAGUGUUGCCCGCAUCUCUGUUCAGAGUCCGUGAUAAGGAAAUCCUGUCUGCGAAAGACCCGGGGGUCAGACAGCUUGGCCUCCAGACCUGUCAUUAGCUGGUGGUGUGACAUCGGAGAAACCGGCUUCCUUUUCUGUAAAAUGAGGAGCUUGGAAUAAGUAGCAAGGGCAACAUGAACCUGAAGAUACUGAAAUUGGAGAACUUGCUACGAUGUCAUGCUGUCUUUAGGCAGCUGCACAGCCUGGGUCAAAGAAGAAUGUUAGCACAGUGGAGUCAUGUGUUUUCAUCUGCUUAUCCUGUGUGGACAGCUCAGCCCUGCGUCUGGCCUUGGCAAACAGACCUGGUCAUUGGGGCAGCUUUAUCUCAAUAUAGGCUUCUAGUAACAAAAAAGGAAGGAAGAUCACAGAAACCUCCGUUAUCUUCAACAAAAUCCAAAAAGGAGGUGGAGGUAUGGAUUGGAAUGACUGUUCAGGAACUGGCCAGAGCAAUGGAAAAAGACGUAGAUUGUGUAUUUGAAGCUUUAAUGAACACUGAUAUUGACAUAGAUUCACUAGAAGCACACUCACAUUUAGAUGAAGUGUGGAUCAAAGAAGUAAUAAAGAAGACGAGGAUGAAGUUAAAAUGGAGCAAAUUAAAACAGGACAAAGUCAGAGAAAAUAAAGAUGCUGUAAGAAGGCCUCAGGCAGAUCCAGCUUUAUUAAUCCCAAGGUCCCCAGUUGUUACUAUAAUGGGCCAUGUUGAUCAUGGGAAAACGACGUUACUUGACAAACUGCGAAAAACUCAAGUGGCAGCAAUGGAAGCUGGAGGCAUCACUCAGCACAUUGGUGCCUUUCUUGUCUCUCUGCCUUCUGGGGAAAGGAUAACCUUUCUUGAUACUCCAGGACAUGCUGCUUUCUCAGCAAUGAGAGCCAGAGGUGCUCAGGUCACUGACAUUGUUAUAUUGGUUGUAGCUGCAGAUGAUGGAGUGAUGAAACAAACUGUAGAAUCUAUUCAGCAUGCCAGAGAUGCUCAAGUUCCUAUAGUACUUGCCAUAAACAAAUGUGACAAAGCUGAGGCUGAUCCUGAAAAAGUGAAGAAAGAACUGCUAGCUUAUGAUGUGGUGUGUGAGGAUUAUGGAGGCGAUGUCCAAGCAGUGCACAUCUCUGCAGUCACGGGUGAUAAUCUGAUGGCUUUGGCAGAGGCAACGAUUGCGUUGGCAGAAAUGUUAGAAUUGAAAGCAGACCCCACUGGUCCAGUAGAAGGAACAGUAAUAGAAUCUUUCACAGACAAAGGAAGAGGUCCCGUUACUACAGCUAUAAUUCAAAGAGGAACUUUGAGGAAAGGCUCGAUUCUGGUUGCUGGAAAGAGUUGGGCAAAAGUACGCUUAAUGUUUGAUGAGAAUGGAAAACCAAUCCAAGAGGCCUAUCCCAGCAUGCCAGUGGGAAUUGUAGGCUGGAGAGACCUCCCUUCUGCAGGAGAUGAAAUUCUUGAAGUAGAAUCUGAGCCAAGGGCACGUGCAGUUGUUGACUGGAGGAAGUAUGAGCAAGAACAGGAGAAAAAUAAAGAGGAUCUGAAAAUAAUAGAAGAAAAGCGAAAGGAACACCAAGAAGCACAUCAGAAAGCCCGUGAGAAGUAUGGCACUUUGCACUGGAAGGAGAGAUCAUUUCUAAAGUAUCAAGAAAAAAAAGAACAAAAACUUUUAAAGCCAAAAGAGAAAGAAGAAAGGGAUUCACCUGUACUUCCUAUAAUUAUUAAAGGUGAUGUUGAUGGUUCCGUGGAGGCCAUUGUGAACAUUAUGAAUACCUAUGACGCUUCACAUGAGUGUGAACUCCAAUUAGUACACUUUGGUGUGGGUGAUGUCAGUGAAAAUGAUGUUAACCUUGCUGAAACAUUUCAUGGUGUUAUAUAUGGCUUCAAUGUGAAUGCGGGCAAUGUUAUCCAGCAGUCUGCUGCAAAAAAAGGAGUAAAAAUUAGGCUUCACAAAAUCAUUUACCGUCUGAUUGAAGAUGUGCAGGAGGAACUGAGCUUCAGAUUGCCCUGCACUGUGGAAGAGAAUCCAAUAGGUGAGGCUUCUAUACUAGCUACCUUCACUGUAACAGAAGGAAAGAAAAAAGUUCCUGUGGCCGGCUGCAGAGUCCAAAAGGGACAGUUAGAAAAACAAAAAAAAUUUAAGUUAAUCCGUAACAGAGAUGUUAUUUGGAAGGGUUCAUUAACCUCAUUGAAACACCAUAAAGAUGAUAUUUCAGUCAUCAAAAGUGGAAUGGACUGUGGUCUCAGUUUGAGUGAAGAAAAGAUAGAAUUUAAAGUGGGAGAUGAAAUUAUUUGUUAUGAAGAAAAAGAAGUUCCAGGCAAGACUUCUUGGGAUCCAGGAUUUUAAAAUUAUAUUAAAAAUGUAAACAAGUAAUGAGGUGCCCAACUGGCUCAGUUGGUAGAACAUGUGACUCUUGGGCUCAAAGUUCAAACCCCAUGCUGGGCAGAGAUUACUUCAAAAAAUAAACUAAAAAAUAUAAACAGAUGUCUUGCUUAAUCAUAGAGAACAACUAGUUUUGAAGGGAAGAAUUCAACACUGCUGGUCAGAUACCCUAGAGUUAAACCAAGUGUUAACAUGGUUAACUUGUCAAAAUGCUACAGAAAUAGGAAACCUUAUUUAAGGAUGAUACCUCCAAGGAAGAAGAAAUCUUGGAAAGAAUUUUAUAAGAGAAUUUAUUGGUAUGCCAUUGAAUGUAAUAAUUUUUAUAUUAAACUUCAACUGCAUGUUUUAGUUGAGUGUUACCAAGAUAAGCAAACCUCCCUGAAUUAGGUGAUGGGCAAAAAAAUAUGGUGCCAAAUACUGCCUGAAACUAUUUCUCGAUGUUAAUAGUACUAGUGAACAAAGUGUUUAAAAUUCCCAAGAUUUCACACUCAACAUUGAAGGUUCACUUGUACUGUGGACAACAUAUAUCCCAGCCAAACCCCAGGGACUCAGGAUGACUUCUUGAAUGGAGUACUGAACGCUUAGCCUUUACAUUUAUUAUAUAUGAAACAAAAGGUCAUAGUCCUUGUUUAGGGAAGACUUGUAACACCAAUUCAUACAAAUCAGUGUUUCUCAAAGUGGGGAUGGAACGGCAGCUCUCCCCUUCUCAUCACCCCAGGGAUCAUUUGUCAAGUCUGGAUAUACCUGGUAGGAAUAGGUCUAUGCUACUGGCAUCAGAGGAGUACAGGCCAUUAUGCACAGGACAGCCUUUCACAACAGAAUUAUCUAGUCCAAAAUUUCAAUAGUGCUGACAUAAAAAACUGAUAG